AUGACCGACGAAACUGUGACGAUUGUGUAUGAUUCCUCAGAACUUGAUGGUUUCCCCGUGCAAAACUUCAAGAUCAAGGCAGAGAACGGAAGUGGAAUUCGACUUGAAAUGGGUGAUUGUGACCGUGAUGGGUUAUCUAUCAGCUCUCAAAAUUCAAGCUCCGGCGUGAUGUUGUCUGCUGUCCAAGGGAGCGAGGCUACGGUUCGCAGGCCAACCCAAGAGGGCAGUGAGUGUGGAGUGACAGACCGCAUUGGUCCGGGGCCAAUAUCAUGGGCUGCACUGAAUGGUUACAAGGUGGUAGUGAAAUUCCUACUUGGGACAGAGAGGGUGAACUUGGACCAAAAAGAUGACACUGGUCGAACACCAUUCUCUUGGGCCGCAGCAGGUGGCCAGGUGGAGGUAGUGCAGCUACUGCUUGACACUGGCAUGGCAGAUGUGAAUUCAAAAGACGACAACGGUCGAACACCACUAUCCUGGGCCGCUGCAGGUGGCCAGGUGGAGGUAGUGCAGCUACUGCUUGACACUGGCAAGGCUGAUGUAGACUACAGCGACGAAGGGGAGCAGACGCCAUUGUUUUGGGCUGCACAAAAUGGCCAUAAAGAGGUGGUCCAACUAUUACUUGACACGGGGAAGGUGGGCCCGGAUUCUAAGCACUGCGAAGAGUGGACACCAUUGACCUGUGCUGCGCAGAAUGGCCACAAGGAUGUGGUACAACUACUUCUUAGUACCGGGAAGGUGGAUGUGGACUCCAAAGACUCCAGCGGCUGGACACCAUUGUCCUGGGCCGCUAUGGAAGGGCAUGAAGAAGUGGUGAGACUUUUACUCCAGACCGGAGAGGUGAAUGUGGACUUGGAAGAUACAGUGACGUCCGUUAUUGCCUUCCAUAGCGGAGGUAUAUGCGAUGCUCUUUCAGACCCUAAUCACAUGAUCUGA